AUGUCAGGGAGACGAUUCUUGGAUGCUGCUGCGGUCUUAAAUGCCUCCUGGGGCGUGGCCGUAAAACAUGUCGCCCUUCGCCAAGGUCGUCUUAAUGCCUUCACUCGAACUUCGACUCUUGCUGAAGCCUUCAAGUCGCAAACGGAAAGGGUGACGGUCACCCUGAAUGCUGCACAGUUUCUGGCGCGUCGUCUCAACGAGACAGCUACCCACCCACAACCUGGUCAAAAUGUACAACGGGCUUCAGAACAUUCUCCUCCAGCAUCAACUCAAGAGAACGUCCCGCGGACAUCUUCUAAACAGCCUCAAAAGCAAAGAUCAGAGCACAACGAUCUCUUGAAUAAGAGCGAGGCGAAGACAGCUGCUCUUGGCACGACCGCAGCUCGUUCAAAUAUCCAGCCUGAAAAAGUAAACGCGGAAACCACAUUUAACUCUACGAUAUCCGAUGCUAGCAUACAACUUCCUGAUGAAACUUAUGCAGAGCUGUUUCAAUCACCGAGGGUUGCUGGCAUGCUGCGAAGGGGCACACUCAGAGACAAGAGUUCAGAUAAAGCACCUCCGACAGAUGCUAGGGAAUCUUUACAGCAGAAAACGUCGCUUGAUGAAAACACGGCGUCAACGAAUGCUACUCUUCCGGAACUAAAGCGGGCAAUUACUCGUCCAACAAAGUCAGAGGAUGGAUUACAGGAAUUGGCUCCAGAUGUAGCGAGGGAAACGCAUGCCCCAGCGCCAAAUCAUUCGCAGACUGCCGUGAGCCCAGAUAUUUCUCGUGAGAAGAACGUUUAUGAGAUGCGUGAAUCAAGGGUACCAUCAUCCCGAUUUGGAAGGUUCUUACAGUAUGGUGGUUUAGCAACUUCGAUGGCUUUUGGUGCAGCUGGCGAGAGCUUUCGGCGAGUCGUAGGGUCUCAGGAUACGGCAGGGGGCUCGUUGAUGCUGAGUGCGGGAAAUAUGGAAAGACUAGUAGCCAAGCUCUCCAAGAUGCGUGGAGCUGCGCUCAAGCUUGGCCAAAUGAUAAGCUUCCAGGACUCAAAGAUGCUCCCUGGGCCCAUUAAUGAAAUCUUGCAACGCGUCCAAGAUAGUGCAGACUACAUGCCAUUAUCCCAACGGAACAAAGUACUUGUGAGCAACCUUGGUGCCAAAUGGCGGGACCUGUUCACUUCGUUCGACGAGAAGCCGAUAGCUGCUGCAUCCAUUGGUCAGGUCCAUCGAGCAGUGCUCGCUUCCACAGGCCAAGACGUCGCCGUAAAGAUCCAAUAUCCGGGAGUUGCUUCUUCCAUUGACUCAGAUCUUUCGAAUUUGUCCAUACUGCUCACAGCGUCCCGCCUUUUGCCAAAAGGGUUGUAUUUGGAUAAGACCAUAGCGAACGCUCGGAUUGAACUUGCGUGGGAGUGCGAUUAUAUUCGCGAAGCGAAGAUGGGGGAUCGCUUCCGUACUCUUCUUCGUGAUGAAAGUCACGUCUUUCAAGUUCCUGCCGUGUUCGAGGAAGCUUCUGGGCUUCAAGUCCUGACGACUGAAUUUUGCUCAGGUAUUGGUGUCACAAAAGCCCGUGAUCUAACGCAAGAUCAGAGAGACUGGAUAGGGUCCAACGUCCUUCGGCUCUGCUUGCGCGAAAUUACCGAAUUCAAGUUCAUGCAGACAGAUCCUAAUUGGACCAAUUUCCUUUUCAAUACCGAAACACACAAACUCGAAUUACUUGAUUUUGGAGCCUCACGAGACUACCCUGACAAGUUUAUACUACCCUACAUUAGAAAUUUGCUUGCAGCUUCCCGGUCGGACCGAGAUGCAGUUCGAGAACUGUCCGUCGAACUUGGGUAUCUGACCGGUCUUGAAAGCCAGGCUAUGAUCAACGCACACGUCAAUUCAGUCUUGACGCUUGCAGAGCCCUUCAUGGAGACCGCUCCGGACGUUUAUGACUUUCGCGAUCAGACGAUCACCGAUCGAGUCAGGAGCUUCAUUCCGGUCAUGCUCAGGGAACGAUUAAGUCCGCCGCCCGAGGAAACUUACAGCCUUCAUCGAAAAUUGAGUGGAGCAUUCUUACUCUGUGCGAGACUGGGCAGCCAAGUCAGGUGCAAAGAGAUGUUCGAGGCACAGAUGGAAAAGGCUGGAAUGCAGUAA